AUGAUCUUUGCCGGAUUUUAUGGGGUCUACAAGGCGCUACAACAGCGUCUACCCAAGCGGAUCUUGCUCAGCUACCUCAGUCUGUCCAUCGUCGGACUUGGAAGUGCCAUGUUCCACACCGUAAGUUUGUUCCACGGACACCUCAGCAUCUCGAAGAACUCACCGACAACCCAACCCCCCCACAGACACUCCAGUACUCGUGGCAACUCGGCGACGAAUUGCCCAUGAUCUACACCUCGACUUUGAUCGCCUGGCUCGUCUUUGAUGUCACCCCUCUCGGCCAAAAAACGCCUUGGUUACCGCCCCUUUGCGUCGUCGUCUUCAACGUCGCGUUUACGCUCAUGUAUCUUUUCUACCCCAAGUGAGUUGGGGGGAGCCUGGCGGAUGUACACCUCGAGGAAAGCUGACCCAAAGUGUUCCCGAUAGUCCUGUAUUCCACCAAGUCGCUUGUACGUCACACUCUAUCUCUGCCGGUGGGGGCCCUGUCAGCUCGCAGCCGAGGACUGAUCGUCGAACCUUUCCAUUUCAGAUGGUAUUCUGGUCAUCUCGAUGACGCUCCGAGGCGCCUAUUUGAUCCUGUACAAGAUGAAGGACAAGACCUUGGCCCGCCAAGUGAAGCACCUCCAAGGCUGGGGAUCCGCAUCGUUCGGUGAGUGCACCGUCCUCUCCGUCCAAACCUGCAGCGCCUCUCGCGCGACAAAGUGGGCAGACGACUGAUAUACAGAGACAUUGUGCGAAUGUCAAGUGUUCGCUUUCGCGAUCUGGAACAUCGACAAUAUCUUUUGCGACUCGACGUGGGCGCCGUUGAAGAAGCGCGUCGGCGCACCUUGGAACGUCUUGCUCGAGGGUCAUAGUUGGGUAAGCAUAUCAGCCCGGGUCCCGCUCUUUGAACAGAGAACAGAGUUGUGGCCUCAAUUCUGACAGCGCUUUAUUGACACCUACAGUGGCACAUCUUUACCGGUCUCGGCGCCUACUCCAUCAUCGGCGCCUUGACGAUGGUCACCCUUUCCUUGCGCGAUAAUCCCAAGCACUACCGCCUCAAGUUCAAGUACGGUUGUUUGGCCUGGGUCUCGAGGACGGCCAAAGGGUGGGAGGUGUUGGAGGAAGGUAAGAAAGGGACGGAGAGGAGUGGGUUGCUUAGGAAUGGGAGGAGGGACGAUUGA